AACACAGAUGUACGUGCUAGAAGUUGCUGGGUAGAAAAAACGCUUAUAGAACAGAGUUCGGAGCUCCCUUGGACAGCAAGACACGGUAUCAUCCGAUAUUCCCUGAUCGCACAAAGUUGCUCUGCCAAACACAUUUUUAUUUUUCUAAACAUGGCAACUGACUGCGAGGCCUGGCUGAACGCGAACCCCGUCGAGGCUGACGACCUCAGCGACUCCUUUCUGUCUGGGGAAGAGGAGAACGGAGGAGCCGUGCCCUCCAGCAAAAACAUCAACGCGGCAAACAACGAGAUCAAUGGCAACUGGAUGGCCUCCAGCAACAGCCUGCACGAAGCCCGCCUGAAGGCCAAGGCCAAGCGGAGGCUGAGGAAGAACUCGUCGCGGGACUCUGGGAGAGGGGACUCUCUGAGCGAUGGCGGAGACCCCGGCAAGGGCUCAGGAGUGGGCUCCACCAGCCCCAAGAGCAAGCUGCUGGACAGGAAGUCUCGCCUUGGCAAGGGCCGAGGCCUGCCAAAGAAAGGUGGGGCGGGAGGAAAGGGGGUAUGGGGUCGGUCCGGUGAGGUUUAUGAACCGGUUCAGGUGGAUUCCAAGGACCCCAACUACGACGGAGCUCAGGAAAACUGUGUGUAUGAAACCGUGGUCCCCCCGCUGGAAGAGAGGGACUUUGGGAAGACCGUCACUCCGAUAGUGCAGGAAUACUUUGAGCACGGAGACACGAAUGAAGUGGCGGAGCUGCUGGGGGAGCUCAACCUGGGUCCCAUGCGGAGCGGGGUGCCCAUGUUGGCAGUGUCGCUGGCCCUGGAGGCUAAGGCCAGCCACCGGGAGCUCACCUCCAGGCUGCUGGCGGACCUGUGUGGGCCCGUGCUGACCUGCGGCGACGUGGAGAACGCCUUCGACAAACUGCUGUCCGAGCUGCCGGAGCUGGUGCUGGACACCCCCGGAGCCCCCCAGAUGGUUGGCCAGUUUAUUGCUCGUGCUGUGAAAGAUCAGAUUCUGUCCAAGAGUUACAUCGAGGGCUAUAAAGGCAAAGUCGACUGUGAACAUGCAAGGGCCGCACUGGACCGUGCCGCGGUGCUGCUGAGGAUGAGCAUGGGGGGUCUGCGCAUAGACAACCUGUGGGGCUCGGGUGGGGGCCAGAGAGCCGUCACAGAACUCGUCAAAGAGAUGAAUCUGCUGCUGAAGGAGUAUCUCUUAUCUGGGGACGGCAAGGAGGCCGAGAGAUGCCUGAGAGAGCUGGAGGUGCCACACUUCCACCAUGAGUUUGUCUACGAGGCUCUAGUCAUGGUCCUGGAGUCCAAAGGAGAGAAGACGUUCAAAAUGGUUCUGCUGUUGCUGAAACGUCUUUGGGUGUCCACGGUCAUAACAGUGGACCAAAUGAGAAGGGGUUAUGAAAGAGUUUACAUGGACAUUGCCGAAAUCAACAUAGACGUGCCCAGGGCGUACUUCAUUCUGGAGCUGUUUGUUGACAAGAGUUUCAGUGCAGGUGUCAUCGAUAAAAACCUAAGGGACAUUUGCCCCUGUCGGGGCCGUAAGAGAUUUGUGAGCGAGGGAGAUGGAGGAUGCCUGAAGCUUGAGAGCUUUUGAAGAGUUAUGUGCCAGAUUUCCCCCGCAGAUAAAAGCUACCGAUCUCUUAAAACAUAUUUUGUCAUAAUGGUUGGUUAGAAAAACGUGGACUACUGUUAAGUGUUAUUUCUGAAAAAUGGAGGUGAGGGUAAAAAUAAAAGGCACUUUCUAUUGAAGGUGAAGACCUUUUUAAGAACUUUUCCUACACAUGUUUUCAAUAUAAUUAUAUACCUAAUAUGUAAGCUAACACUUAAAGUGCCACAACGGAGUUCAUGUCAUUCCAUGUCGUUUUGUAAAGCAUUGAUUUCACUCCCACUCAUUUUCUAAAAGCAUUGUUUGUACAGAAAUUCCUGUUUGUUUAAAGAGCUGUAUAGGGUGAUUGUGUCUGUGUGUGUGGGGGGGGGCUUAUUUCUUUAAAGCAAUACCGCCCUCUAAUGGCUGCUGCUUCGUUGCAACGCUUGCUUUAUCAUUUUCCCUCUACUCCUUAAAUCCGACAACGCCAGUUUCAAAGCAACAACGUUAUAAACGAGCACGGUCUAUAGGAAAAAAGGUUAGUUGGGAAGAAUCCAAAAAAAAGUGUCCAGAGUGUCUAUUUUUAUAUUUGGGGAAUACUGGUGUGUGAGUUGUACCAAGUCAAGCCCGGCUUCUUAUUUGUUCAAUAAAUUG